UAUCCAGUCCGGACCGCCGCGGCUUCUCCGUAAGAGUCCUCAAAACCCAAAGCGACCGAAGAAAGGAUGGGAGUUUGAUGGGAGACGAAGCCACGGGCACGAUGGCGUCACUUUCUGUAUCAGUCGUCUGCUAAAUCAGUGUGUCCCACUUCUCUUGCCGAACCUCGACCGGGAUAGACUCCAGCUCGCCCAGAACACUAAAUGGACUGUGAAUGAUUGUUUUUCUGUGCAUUCGACUGGCGACCAGUCCAGGGUGGAUCCCCUCUUCUCUCGCCAAAACUUGUGACAGUACUCUAUCCGUGGUCCUGAAUGACAUGCGCGUGCGUGCGUUAUUGUGCGCUCCACGAGAGGGCAGGAUAGCUCCACUGCAACUUGAAGACGCGCAGCAACACGAGGCGCUUCAGAAGUCGCCAUCCAUGGGAACAAAAUCAAAAUAAUAACAAAUAAGAGAGACGCAUCUUGACUCCCCGCCAGUGUCUGCGACUGCAACAAAGACUUUUACAGCCUUCGUCCCAUCACUCGACUUUGGCUGCCCGGACGCGCGCGCGCGCGUGUGCGUGGGUGUGUGCGAGUGAGUGAGUGGGCUCCCCUCCCCCCACGACGAGGGCCCUCAUGGACGUCUCUCUGGUGGCCGCUCUGUGCGGGGCUCUGGUGUUCGCGUGGCGGGUGCCCUCCUGCCGGCCCGUCGCCCUCUCGCCCCCGGGCAAGGCGGCCAAGCGCGCGGAUGCGGCCCGGUACUCGAAGGGGCUCCGCGUGGAGCCCCACGACUAUAUGAUGUCCAUCUACAAGACUUUCUCCACGGCCGAGAAGCUGGCACCCAACGCCAGCUUCUUCAGAUCGUCCAAGGCGGCCAACACCAUCGCCAGCUUUGUGGACAGCGGACAAGACGAGCUCCCGCUUUCCCCUCUGAGGAGUCAGCGGUACAUCUUCGACGUGUCCACCCUCUCGGAGAAAGCCGAGGUGCUGGGAGCCGAGCUGAGGCUCUACACCGAAGCGUCCCGGAAGGUCGGCCCGUCGGAGCUUCGGCUGCUCUCCUGCCGGGACCGGCGGGCCCUGGACUCCAAAACCCUGGACCCGCAGGACCGGUACAGGCCCAGAUGGGAGGUCCUGGACGUGUGGGAGCCAUUCAAAGAAUGGAAGCGCCAGGAGGCGAGCGCGGGGAGGCCCUUCUGCCUGGAGCUCACGGCCCGGUCGGACACCUCCGAGAGGGAGCCGGACCUCGCCCUGCUGGGCCUGCACCGGCACGCCAGGCCCCGGCAGAAGAAGGCCAUCCUGGUGGUCUUCACCAGAUCCAAGCGGAGGCAGACGCUCUUCGGCGAGAGGCGGGAGCGCCGAGCCCAAGGGCGCGGCCGCGGCAGGAGGACGGCGGCGUCCGGGGGCCGCCACGGGAAACGGCGCGGCACGAGGGCCGGGUCCAGAUGCGCUAAGAAACCGCUACGGGUCAACUUCCGCGAGCUGGGAUGGGACGACUGGAUCAUCGCCCCUCUGGACUACGAGGCGUUCCACUGCGAGGGCGCGUGCGACUUCCCGCUGCGCUCGCACCUGGAGCCCACCAACCACGCCGUCAUCCAGACCCUGAUGAACUCCAUGAGCCCGGGACACGUGCCGCCCAGCUGCUGCGCUCCAGCCAAGCUCAGCCCCGUCAGCAUCCUCUACAUCGACUCGGGCAACAACGUGGUCUACGAGCGCUACGAGGACAUGGUGGUCGAGGCCUGCGGGUGCAGGUAGGACGUUGGACCCCGAACCCCGGGCGGCUCGGAGUCCCGGACGUGGACUGCACGUGCUUAGUACCUCGUGCUGUAUGCUUCAUCCAUCGGUCAACCAAGAAAACUCGCAACCGUCCAGUUUUCUGAAAUUCAACUAAAACAGAAAAUGAACACGGUGAUAUUUUCCCGUCCGUCGUCGUCGUUGCGAGGCCACAUACGCAGCCUGAUUCUUUUGACACGUGCAGCGCUCACGCCGUCACACCGGAUGCAUUUUGGGGGGAGAAAAAAACAAAAACACAUUUCAAACACAUUCUACUUUAAUGCUGUUCUGUUCAUUUAAAGCCAAAAUACAAAAUAGACCAAAUGUGUUCAUGUUAUUUUAGUUACAUUAUUCAAAGCGUUUCCAUGAAUCCACAGCCAAUGAAAUGGAGGACAAGGUGUGUCCAUAACUUUUGCUGUUCUCUGAUGCACUGAUGUUAAAAAGUUAUUUGAUGCUAAUUUAUGUUUCUGAGUAAGUUAUUGCAAACGCAUGCCUGUCAGAUAAUAACAGCACGGCUAUCUUGUCAUCGUCACUCCAAGCUAAACAGUUAUGUUUUGGUUUUUUCUCACUAUAUGAUUGAUUUUACAUUUUACAUUAGCAAUGUCAUAAAAUUGUUUAACUAAAUAAUAGUCAUCAAAUGCAAUGUACGAUAUCUAGAUUAAGAAAUAAAAGUAUACAAAAAC